CGUAGUAACGAUGUCCCGUGCCGUACAUUACUGUACUGUACGCUGUACGAGCUUGUACAGCACACUUCCUGUACCGUACCGUACGUAAUCGUACGACUACGAGGAACUAUCGGAAUCCAUUUUCCUCCGAUGGAUGCGGGUCACAUAGUACGACGUACGGUCCCAGGUACCCUAUCGGCAAGUACGUAACAGUGUGUGAGAGUACGUAGAACAAGUAUGCAAACCAAAACAGUGUGACACACUGAAGUCACACAACACGGUACAGGAAACAAUAAUCGGUGUCGUAGCUCGAACAGCACCAUCUCAAUAGAACAAUCUCCGCAGCAGUAAAACAUGCUCAAAUUAUCGACCACAGUCUUGCGACGCAAGCAACGUGAAAUUUUGCGUCGCCUGCAAUCUACUUCCGCGAAAUCUGCUUCAGAAUGCAUGGAAUUGGAAGACAAAUACGGGGCACACAACUACCACCCUCUUCCAGUUGUCCUAUCGAAGGGUGCUGGUACAAAAGUUUGGGAUACUGAUGGCAAGGAGUAUUUUGACUUUCUUUCUGCGUAUUCUGCAGUCAACCAGGGACACUGUCACCCGAAAAUUAUAGGCGCCCUUGUCGAUCAAGCGCAAAACUUAACAUUGACAUCACGUGCCUUUCAUAACGACGCCCUCGGUGAAUAUUGUGAAUUUGUCACAGACUAUUUUGGAAUGGAUCGUGUUUUGCCAAUGAAUACUGGAGUUGAAGGAGGCGAGACUGCGAUCAAGUUGGCCCGAAAAUGGGGUUACCAAGUCAAAGGCAUUGCUCCCGACAAGGCACGAUGUUUGUUUGCCAACAACAACUUCUGGGGACGAACUUUGGCAGCAGUCAGUAGUAGUAAUGACCCCACUGCUUACAACGAGUUUGGUCCUUAUAUGCCAGGAUUUUCUCUCAUUCCCUACAACGAUGUGGAGAGCCUCGAGAAAGAAUUCGAAAAGGAUGCGGAGAACAUCGCUGCGUUCAUGGUCGAACCCAUUCAGGGAGAAGCGGGAGUUAUGGUUCCAGAUGAUGGUUACAUGAGGAAGGUGAAGGAGCUAUGCGAAAAAUACAAUGUUCUCUUGAUCGCUGAUGAAGUUCAGACGGGAUUAUGCAGAACUGGAUAUCGAUUGGCAGUGGAUCACGAUGGAAUUCUUCCCGAUAUUCUUGUACUAGGAAAAGCUUUGUCGGGAGGUGUGCUGCCGGUAUCGGCUGUCUUAGCUAAGGAGGAAGUAAUGCUUACACUAAAGCCAGGUGAGCACGGAUCAACUUAUGGUGGUAAUCCACUUGCAUGUAAGGUUGCGAUGACUGCUCUUGAAGUUUUGAGGGACGAGAAAUUGGCAGAGAAUUCACAGGUCCGCGGGGAGCAACUAAGAAGUGGUUUGGAAGGAUUGAUAGGAAAUUCCUCGGUUGAACACGUACGUGGCCGUGGUCUCUUGAACGCUGUCAUUAUUAAUCAACCCAAAGGUGGGUAUGGCGACACCGGGAAGGCUUGGGACCUUUGUGUUAAAAUGCAGAACCACGGACUCUUGGCCAAACCAACACAUGGGAAUAUCAUUCGCCUAGCUCCCCCUUUGACUAUUACUGAAGAAGAAAUCGAUCAGUGCUUGGAUAUCUUUGAGAGGUCUGUUCGUGAGCUUGAUGCCUAGAUCUAACGGCAUUAGAUUAUCUAACAAUUACAUUUAAUUGAAUUUCAUUGACGUCUGGAAUCGUCAUCGUGCCAAGAAUAGUAGCCACAAGCACUCAUUCUCCCUACAAGUAUUUGAAUGUAGAAAACAUCAUAUUUUUCGCAAUCGGCUAGUUAAAGCUUUGCAAUAUUUUGUCCGCGAACUAUGUUGAUAGUCGAUCUCAGCCUGGAUGUGUGGUGCUCUCAACUCCCGCAUACGUAGAAGAUAAGAACAAAUGUGUAAGGCUCGGAUCAAAUCCUUCUCGCCCACUAUGCAACCAUCACUGUUAGUGAUUUGUACUUUGUUACCCCGCUCUAUGGUUUGCACUUAUCGUGAUGCCGUUAUCUAGCAAAUCAAUCAAUUUCAUUUCCGUUAAAAUGUUAGUGCUUUCGGGUAAAAACGAAGGAUAUGGGGAAAAUUUCAAAUUUCAGAAAAAAUAUAUUACUUUACUACAG